AGAAUAAAUGUGAAGCAGCAAUCAACCAACCAUCCAAGCACACCCAUGCAGAUAAGGCUGAGAGAUAAGCCACUUCUUAUGCUCACACACUCGCUUCCCAUUCCAUCCAUCACAUAAAUCUCUAAACCAAAACACACAUAUCAAAUACAUUUAUUUAUAUAUAAACACCUCUUUCCCACUCUGUCCACUCAAAGACACUUCACUGAUCUUCCAAACUCCGUCAUGGCCACCGCCACCGCCGCCGCCACGUCAUACUUCUUCGGCAGCCGUCUCAACAACCCAACAACCUCAAAAACCGGAAGAUUCCACGCGUUCUUCAAUCUCCGCACCAAGAAGGCACCACCUCCACAGAAGAAAAAGGAAGCGAAAGUGAAACCUGAUGGUGACCGGCUAGUGUGGUUCCCGGGUGCGCAGCCACCGGAGUGGCUCGACGGAACCAUGAUCGGAGACCGCGGUUUCGACCCAUUUGGAUUCGCGAAACCCGCGGAGUACUUGCAGUUCGAGCUAGACUCGCUAGACCAGAACCUCGCCAAGAACGUUGCCGGUGACGUGAUCGGAACAAGGCUGGAAGUUUCGGAGGUUAAAUCGACGCCGUUUCAACCGUACUCAGAGGUUUUCGGGUUGCAAAGGUUCCGUGAAUGUGAACUCAUUCAUGGAAGGUGGGCAAUGCUGGGUGCUCUCGGCGCUUUGGCCGUUGAAGCUCUCACUGGUGUCGCAUGGCAAGACGCCGGAAAGGUAGAGCUAGUGGAAGGGGCAUCUUACCUAGGACUUCCUCUUCCAUUUUCAUUGACCACACUGAUAUGGAUUGAGGUGAUAUUAAUAGGCUACAUUGAGUUUCAAAGAAAUGCAGAACUUGAUCCAGAGAAAAGAUUAUACCCAGGAGGCAAGUUCUUUGAUCCUCUAGGCUUAGCCAAUGACCCUGAAGAGAAGGCUAGACUUCAAUUGGCAGAGAUCAAGCAUUCUCGCUUAGCUAUGGUUGUGUUCCUUAUCUUUGCAAUUCAAGCUGUUGUAACAGGAAAAGGCCCUAUUAGCUUUAUUGCUACCUUCAACAAGUGAAAUAAAUUUACAAAUGAAACCUAAUGUUAUAAUUCAUCCCAUCCUCUAAUUUUAUUAAUUCUUUUUUGUAUACCUUAAAGAUGAAAACUGCUAUGUAUUAUUAUGUAUGUGUAUGUAUGUACUCUAUUGUGUGCUUCUGUAUAAUAUUUAUAUUACCACUUUGGUGCAACUUGUCAUUUGUUUUACUAUUUUAUGAAAACAAUUUUGGGAUAAUUAUAUUUAUCUCUCUUGAGGUUAGCAAUAAUAACUGCACUUAAAUUCU